GGGCAAGCGGCUGAGGACCGGCCCGGCCAGCGCGAGGAGUCCUGGGGGACGAGGACCGUUGAUGCCCGAGGCCACAGCAGUGGGCAGCGCCCAGCAGAAGCUGUGGAACUAGACGAGAAAAGACGCAGUUGAAGGCUCUUCCCUGACCCUCUCCAGGCACUCAUCUGGUUACACCUGAGCUUCCGGGUGGGAAUUUUGCAGAAACCUGGGUCAGGUGAGGAUUUACCCAGCAUGCAGCGUGCUUGCCGUGUCGCCCACAGCCCAGAGGCGGCGCCUGGUGCAGAACUGCAUGCUGGCUCCCAGAGCCAUGGAGGGUGGAGGGGCUCCUGCCCGCCCCCUGCUCUCCAGGACUGCCCCCCCCCCCCACCGAGGGCCAGGACGUGUCCUGGGAGGGAGACCUUGGCACUCCAUGCUCUUCCACCUGAGGCUGAGAAACUGGGUCUCUGCAGACGGGGCGCAAGCCACUGACCCUCCCCUCUGCCCCCUGGCCAGCAUUACUGGCCGGCAGGGGCCUGUUGGCAUCCUGGGAGAGGCUUGGGUCUGGCAAUGCCAGGUCGGGGGAGGGGGGGUCUCGUCCACUGCCCGAAGCCAGGUGCAGGGUCACGGGGCUCAGCUGGACCACCUCGGCCGGAGCCGUGUCAGGAGCUGUGUCCAGGCCUCAGAACCCCCUCACUGCAGGGUCAGGGCAGGACGGCCUCCUCCGGUGGAGGGAGCAGCAUCCGGGAACCUUGGGAGUUGGAGCUGGCCAGGAGGCGUCUUCCCGCUGCAGCCAGAUGGUUCUCUGGGGACCCUCCGGGGAGCCGUGUUUCCGGAAGGCGGCCUGGGACUCUUCCAGGCCCUGCCUGGGGGACGCACGCUGCUGCAGUCUCGCAGGCCUUUCUGUGGGCUGACUCCAGCCCCUCCCUCCUGGCUGGGCUCCCCGGACCACCCCGAACACAUCCCCACUGCCCCCGCGUUCCCACAGCGACAUCUGUGUCUGGAGCUGCAGGGGAGAGGCUGCUGGCCUGCGGGGUACACCUCCCCCUGCCCCAGUCUUUGCUCUCUUUGGGAGAUGCCAUGUGCAAGGCAGCUGUGCUGGCACCUCCGAGCACGCAGCCAUGUGCCCACCACCGUGGGGGCGGCCUUUUCUCUAGAAUUCUGUGCACAUCAUUGGUUUCUGCUGGUUUGGUGGCCUGGCUCCUUGCGCGAGUGUCGGGCCCUGGCGGCUGUGCGGACGCAGAGGCCCUGGGGCACUGGCUGGGGUCUCUGGAGCUUGGUGUGCAGGUGGCAAAGCACGGUGUGUGGGCCUCCGGCCCUCUCGGCGCUGGUGAAGCUGUGAGCUGACCAGCGGAGCAGGGCCCUGGGGCUCUGGAGUCCAGGCCAGACAGGAAGCCCAAGAGCCGUCCCCAGGGGUGUUCUCUUCCCGGCGCCAAGGCAGUGCAGUGGAGGGGCUCCCUGGGGUGCUGGUGCGGAGCGCUGGGGUCUAUCAGCACAGCUCUGCUUCGGUUUCCUGCCCGGAGCCGCGUAGCUGUCAGGUUCUGCUUGAUAAACAGUGCUCCGUGCUCAGGAAGACUGUUUGUAAACCGCAGCUUCAGAGGCCGACUUCUAGUAAAAACAAACAGAGGGGCAGCCUCUUGAGCCGAGCGGCUGAGGGUGACGUCACUGGGACCCACAGAGCUCUGUCCACAGGCAUCCAAGCCGCCGUCUGAGUCCAAGCACAGGGGCAUUCCUGUGUGGCCGCUGCGGCACCAGGGAGCUCCUGGCCGCACACACAGGGCAUACGGGCUGGAACCCUCAGGAAACACACGGAUGCUGACAUCCCUCACUAUGUGCUGAGAAGGUGGACACACAGAUGCUGACACAGCUCACUGUGCACUGACACACACAGGUACACACACAGCUCACUGUGCACUGACACACACAGGUGCCGACACAGCUCACUGUGCACUGACACAGGUGCUGACGCAGCUCACCGUGCACUGACACACACAGGUACACACACAGCUCACCAUGCACUGACACACACAGGUACACACACAGCUCACUGUGCACUGACACACACAGGUACACACACAGCUCACUGUGCACUGACACACACAGGUACACACACAGCUCACCGUGCACUGACACACACAGGUGCUGACACAGCUCACCGUGCACUGACACACACAGGUGCCGACACAGCUCACCGUGCACUGACACACACAGGUGCUGACACAGCUCACCGUGCACUGACACACACAGGUACACACACAGCUCACCGUGCACUGAGAACACACAGGUGCUGACACAGCUCACCAUGCACUGAGAACACACAGGUACACACACAGCUCACUGUGCACUGACACACACAGGUGCUGACACGGCUCACUGUGCACUGACACACACAGGUGCUGACACAGCUCACCGUGCACUGAGAACACACAGGUGCUGACACAGCUCACCGUGCACUGACACACACAGGUGCUGACACAGCUCACUGUGCACUGACACACACAGGUGCUGACACAGCUCACCGUGCACUGACACACACAGGUGCUGACACAGCUCACUGUGCACUGACACACACAGGUACACACACAGCUCACCAUGCACUGACAUACAGGUGCUGACACAGCUCACUGAGCACUGACACACACAGGUACACACACAGCUCACCAUGCACUGACACACACAGGUACACACACAGCUCACCGUGCACUGACACAGGUGUUGACGCAGCUCACUGUGCACUGAGCACCUCCAGGGUGCAAACCGAGCAGCCACUGUGGGGGGCUCUGGGAGUUUGUUCCACGGGCUACAAACACCUUUGCUCUCUGGCAGCUCUGCAGGGGCUUCUGGGGACGUCCUGGACAUGUGUCCCGUGUGAGCGGGAUGCUGCAGGGGGGAUGCCCUUGCCUCUCCUUAAGGCAGGUCUGAGCCCCACACGUGACAUUGGGGUCCUCACGCAUGGGCAGAAGCCGAUCACUGUCAUGUUCCAGACGGGCCCCAGAGGCACGGAGCUGUUGGAUUUCUGUAGCUUGGAGAUUCUGGGAUGACUAAUGGCUCCCCUGUCAAACCCUGGUCGUAAUUCAGAGUUGAGUUGUUCUACUCCCGCGUCCACGGAGGUAGGUGUUUAAGAUGGGGGGUGUUUGGUGCAGCAGUAAGGCGCUGCUCGGGUCGCCUGUGUCACUUCUCCGAGGCCUGCGUUCAAGUUCUGCUCCACUUCCGACUCAGCUUCCUGCACAUGUAGACCCCGGGAGGCAGCAGUGGUGACUCAAGUCCCUGGGCCCCUGCCACUCACACGGGAGCUGGCACGUGGGAAACCCCCUCUCCCCUCUCCGCCCUUCAGAUAAGCAAGAUGAAAGAGGGUGCCCUCUAAGCUUGACCCGGCCGCAGGGGUCCUGGGUUCUGCCACACCCUGCUCCUCGGCGGGCGGGAGGCGCGGUCUCGGCCGCUGUGUCCUUGCCUUUCUCUGCCCAGCGAGCAGGAGCUGCGAGUCCACGCCAGGGUGUGACGCGUUCAGAGCCCCGGGCGUUAGCACCCGGUCACUGGAGGCAGGCUGUGUCCGUGAGCCGUGCCCGGUCUUGGCUGGCCUGCGGGUCACUGCGGGGAUCUGCCGGGGGAUCCCGACCACCACAGAACCAGCAGCCUCGCUUGGGUCCCCUCGGGAGCGGGCGUCUCCGGCCUGGGGCCUGCUCAGUGUGUGCCUGCCUUGUUAGCGCCUGUGGGCUCGCUGGUGCGCCUGUCUCUAGUCCACUGCCGUCCCCCUCCCCGGCUUGCUCAUGGCAGGCGGCGUGGCGUGGGGCCGCUGGCCCCGCUGUGAGAGGCUGGCAGCAUUGGGAUCAGUGAGGGCCCCGCUCUUUCUGUGAGGAGACCUCCACCCUGCCCAGCGCUCCCAUGACCCCUUCCUGGGCAUCGCCCCCUGCCCCGGGACAUGGGAAUGGCCAAGCUGUGGGCAGAAAAUGCUGGUGUUGCCAUAGUGAGGGUGGCCCCGCUCCACCCGCCCGGGGGACUGUGUUGAUGAUCAGAUGAGCAGGUGGCCCACGCCAGCCCAGCGCUAAGGCCGUGGCCGUGGGCCAGUGUCCCUGGUAAGUCAGAGCCACCUGUGGACAGGCGGCAGCUGCCAGUGCCAGGAAUUCCCAGAGCACCCCAUCGCCUCGUGCCCAAGACUCGGUCCCCCGCCCCAUUCUUCUCUUUGUUGUGUUAUUUUUUUCUUAGAUUU